AGAGCUUUGGCCAUGGAACCUACCACUUCAAGCUUCGGUCACUAAAACUUAGGUAACGUCACCUUUUGAAAGAAGCAUUUGCCUACCAAUUAACACACCGAGGUCAACUACGAAGCGAUUCGUAAACAAGGCAGAAACAUAAAAUCUUUUUUCCCCAUUGGCUAGCUCAUAGCUUACAGUAUACUACGAACGCGAUCUAAGCCUACUCCAGAGCUUAUCUACACGCGACAAGCUUCCCUGAAAGCUCUUGGGUCGCUCGCUUCCAUCCAAUACUAAACUCAGAGACAGCUUGUAUACCUACCUACCUAAGCAACACACGCCACUACCACUGUCAGGAGCAAGCAUCAACUACCGCCAUCAUGCGUGAGCGUGUCACGUUUAUCCACAACGACUAUACCCUUGAUCCUGAGCAGCUGGACAACCAAGAAGCUGGAUUGCUUGGGCCUAAAAUCGAGUCAGUCCGUCAGGAUAAACUCACUAUCCCCUUGGACGAGUUGCCUAGUGAGCUCACCGACAUACUCCAAGAGUAUGAGGCUCUUCAUAUCAGAUGGGCUAGCCCUGUCAAAUCCGAGGCACUCGAUCCUUUCGCUUCGCGAAUUUCGCCCGGGCUUCAUGUCUACGUGACUCCGGAAUCCCCAAACUCAUGUAACCCAACAAAACUUUGCGGCUGGCUCCAGAGGUUUGGGCCACUAGCCUGUUCAAAGCCAGAGGCUUUCACUGAGUUUAAGCAACCAGCUACCUCCACAGCCCCGAGCUUCUCAUUUCAUCAAACACUGGAAGAUCUACACUCCUUCAUUACUAUCAGCUCUCAGGAGUUCUGUCCUGAACUGGACACUGUUUGUAAUGCCCGACUACGAAGCUUGUUGACCGCGACCAGCUUGGACUUAUCCUUUGAUAAGUCUGCAAGGGCUCUUGUCGCUUCUGCGCUAUGGCCUCUUCGACCCCAAACCGUUGCUGUUCCUGCAUCAACCGAAAGAAGGGUUGAAGUUGGCAUUUUCGUCAACGACCGCUCGCAACCAAACAUGAAGGAGAACGAGCUUGGUGUCGCUGGCGUUCUAUCCGUACUUGGCGACAAGAAAAAGCCCUCGCCGACCAUCUUCACUUUCCCGGCCCGACACCGUCGAGAUGAAUCUGUAUUUACAUCUAGAUUCCUCACCCCCACAGGCCUUCACCCAACCCUUCAGCUCAGCUUCAGCUCUAACAAGCCUCCAAGCGCUGAGGGCGAGUGUACGCCAUACGCAUUCUUGACAUUACCCAAGGUCAUAUUUGCGGAUCGUUAUCAACUAGGAGAUGAUCUGUUCCUGGCCUCCAAGAACUUGACAGCUUUGCGAUACACAACUCUGCCCGUGGACUUGGAAGCGCCAGCAUAUACCACUGAGACAUGGGGAUCCAGUAUUCUGCUUGAGCUCGCGCCACCUCCCUCUGGAGAAAGGCAGCCGUGGAAUGUUGAAAUCCCUCUCCACCUGCGAUACCUUAAGCCUUCAGUGACUGACCAAGCCGAAGCCGAUAUUCCCUAUCCUGCUGUCUUCUGGGCAUGCUCCUCAGGGGAGGAGACGCUGGAGAACCCAUUUGAUCGUCUUCAUAUUGGCUAUGACAAUCUUUUCCCUCGAGACACUGCCUUCUGGCACGUGACCCCUCAACCAGAGGGCGAGAGCAGACUUAUGCACCGUGUCACUGUCCCUGUCCUUAAGCUUGAGGGCAUAGAUACUAUCAGGACAGGCACGGCAAUCGCAGUUUCGCUAGGUUUCGCCUGGGUACUGUGGAAGCUGGUCGGUGUUAUGCUAAAGUCAGAAAAACCAGUGCUCAAGAAGACCGCCCUAAAGAGGUCUAAACAAGCCAAGAAAGCUUGAGGUCGAGUUUUAUGUUAGUUUGUUUGGUCUCUGAUGCAAUGGUGUAAUAUAUGACAAGAGAGAUGUAGAUAGAAUCCAACACUAAUUAAAUCAAGAGGACGAGGAUUUCCCUCCUCUACUAACCUAUCGAAUUUUCGCU